AUGAUCCAAACUCAUAAUGAAUAAUGUGAUCACUUCUAAAAAGAGGAACUAAAUGCAUUAUCUUCUAUCUAUUUAUCAGACUAUGAGCAAUUAAAAGAUGUGCAUCCUUAUUCAUUUUAAGUAAUUGUUGCCCCAUUCGUACCAGCUGAUUAAUUUUAUCAUGAUAAUGUAGUCUAUUGCAAAAUUUUCAUUGCCUUUCCAGACGAUUACCCAUUAAAAUCAUAAAGAUUUCAUUUUGAGAUUUAAGGAUUGAGUAGAAAUUUCACCUAGGAUAAUUUAAUUAGAGCCAGAAAGGUUUGUGAAUAAGUAAUUGAUCAUCAUGAAAAAGAAGCAGAUUCUCAACCAAUAGUCUUUGCAGUUGUUGAAGCAUUGAGGGAUUAUGUGUUUGAUCAAUCAAUGUACUUAUAAGAAUUAUAUGAUCAAUAAAACUCAAAGCCUGACGAUAACUACAUUUAUAUACCCCCCAUGCCUAAAUUUGCAACAAAUACUCCUGUUACACUUGAAAGUUUUACAGAAUGGAAGAAGAAGUUCGAUUAAGAGAUUUAUGAAAUUAAGAAGAGAGAAAAGAAUUUUAAUUAAGUAGAGGAAAUGAUGAAGAAGAUUAGUGGAAAGCAAUAUUUUGAUAGGAAAUAAAACAAAGAAGAUGAUGUCGAUGUCUAGGAUAUUAUUAAUGAGGAUGAUGAUAUUGUUGAAUUGGAAGAUGAAGAUUAUCAAGGAGAAGAAUAUUAUGAAGAGGAUCAAGAUAGACCUUUGUAUGAAAGAGAAUAACUUGAAUGAUUUAUAUAAUUAUGUAAUUAUCUAUAAAUAUUCAAAUACUU